CUUCUGCCUUCACAGAACAACUUAGCCUUUUGGCGCCCUCCUCAGGUACACGGUGGAUUCUCAGGGUCAACUUAAUUGGAUCCCAUUAUGCCUGGUAGAGCCAAAGAGGCUACUGAGGGCUUUUUGUGUCAUCAGGGGAGUCGGGUUACCCUGACAACCGCAUGACGCCUACCCAUAGGCCCUAAGACGGAGAAAAGACAUGGUCAGAGAAGGAGGGAGAAAGAACGAAAAGAGACAAAAAAGGAGGCAAGGCUCUUCCCAACCCCAAAUUUAUUUCCUUUUUUGUAGUUUGUGUAUUCUGAAAAACAGGCCUAAUGGUUGCCAGUGGGUUGGAACGAAGAGCCAAGGAGUGAGAUCCAACAUCCUGUAAACAGAGGGUCAUGCGUCUUAUGUUACGGCCACGCAGUGGCUGCUUGAUGCUGUGUCUGUGCCUGUCGGUGUUGACCCUGCUGCUUCAGAGCCUUUGGAUACCACUGGAAACCACAGGGGAUGAACCUACGGGAAGGUCACCUGAGAACCAAGGACAUGGCUUUCGUAGACUGGCUCUUCGGUUGGAGGCUUUGAAUACUCAGGUGCACAGGUUAAGUAAAGAGAAAGCUUUCACUCAGCUGACCAGAGAUGACCUCAGUAUGCUGCUACAGAGUUUUAGACAGGAUCAGCAGGGUUUGGCCCGCUUGGUUGAACGGGAGAUGAAGAGAGUGUCCCAGAGGCUCGACCAACUCAGUCAUCAACAACACCAACAAAAUCAGGCCGACACCCCUCAGCCACACAAUGACCACAGACCACACACAGGGCCCGCCGAGAAGUGUGAGGUGCCCAUGGAUCCUGAAUAUCCGGUGUGUGCCGAGAAAGUGGAGUUUCUUCGAGUCCACUGGCAGUCAGAUCCCUGCUACACCUUUUAUGGGGUGGAUGGUACCACCUGUUCUAUACUGAGUUACCUGAGCCAAAUAGAAGACUUCUGUCCACCCCGACCCGGCAGGAACCGCUCUGCACUGGUGUGGCAUCAGAAACUGAAGUCUCACACAGAGAGAGCGGAGAUACGUACAAGUCUAACUCCACUCUAUGAGACGAUCAACAACAACAGUGGUCCAGCUAUGAAAUUUAUCCGAUCCAGAGUGGAGAGGAUGUCUGAAAGGUGGAUACAGGCAGGUCAGAGGAUGAGGCAGAACAGCAACAAGACAGUCUCCAACCAGAUGAGGGUGCUUCUUUAUCCUGGCACCCUGGCUGGAAGUAUUGGUCAGCGUUUUCAAGCUAUGGUGGACAGAGGGGGGCCUCUGGGAGAGCUGGUCCAGUGGGCUGACCUCGGUGCCAGUCUGACCAUCCUGGGCCACAACGUGACCCUGAGCAUCUCACAACACCGACUCCACAGCCUUAUAGGUGCAGCUCCAGGCCGAGGCGGUUGUCCAAUUCAGAGGCCCCUGACUUUUGACCUGAUCUAUACAGACUAUCAUGGCCUUGCACACCUUCAAGGAGCCAUGGGACUGGCCUUCCUCCAUUAUAAGUGCCGUUACAGAAUCCUGGACUCAUUUGGGACAGAACCAGCCUUUAAUCUGGGGAAUUAUGCACACAGCCGUGGAUACAAAACACUGUGGGGCAGCUGGGGUCUGCAGCCCAAACAAUAUAUGACAAUGUUCCCCCAUACUCCUGAUAACUCUUUUCUGGGUUUUGUAAGCGAGGAAGCCAUGAGAUUGGAGAUGACGGAGGAGGAGCUGGAGCCAGACAUCUACAAGAAAGACAAGAUUUCAGUUGUAUAUGGCAAACAAGAAUACAUGUGGCAGGAAAAAUCAGAAUAUUUGGAGGUGAUCAGCGAGGAACUUGAGACCCAUGCCACAGUCUACCAGCCUCCAGGACACCCUUCAAAACUGCCCAGCUUCAUCAUAAACCACGGCCUGCUGACUCAGGAACACUUUGUACGACUUCUCCGCAGAGCCAAGGUAUUCGUGGGUCUUGGUUUCCCUUAUGAGGGUCCAGCUCCCAUCGAGGCGAUAGCGAUGGGCUGCGCCUUCCUCCAGCCACGAUUUAACCCACCACACUCAUCUAAGAACAAUGAUUUCUACAAAGGAAAGCCCACCACCAGACAGAUCUCCUAUCAGCACCCAUAUGCUGAAGAAUUCAUUGGUAAACCCCACGUAUGGACGGUGGAUAUAAAGAACAGAACGGCUGUAAAGGAAGCAGUCAGAGCCAUCUUACAAACAGAGGUGAUGCCUUUCACUCCCCGUGAGUUUACAUGUGAAGGAAUGCUGGAGAGAGUUCACAGUUACAUCAUUCACCAGAAUUUCUGCAGUACAUCUCAGCCUACGUGGCCCCCGGUCAGUGUUCUGAGGGUCUACCUGGGUCCACUGGGUGACUCAUGUGUGAGUGUGUGUCAACGCUCCUCUCUAGUGUGUGAACCUGCUUUGUUUCAUCAUCUGAACAGCGAUGCCACAUUCAGCAGGUUGGCACUAGGUUGCUCCAGCACACAGGAGGAGGUGAACCACCUGUUCCCUGCCUACAAGCCUUGGGGUCAACACUGUGGCCUCCAACAGGAGCCAAUGCUGUUCAGCUGUGCCGGCGCGGACCCUUUAUACCGCAGACUGUGUCCCUGCAGAGCCUUCCCGCCUGGACAAGUGGCACUCUGCAGCGACUGCCCAUAAAGACCAGGGUGAAAGAGCUCAGGAAAUGACAAGGAGUGAGGAGGAAGAAAGGUACUUUGACGAAGACGGCACCAAAGAAUCAUCUGCCACAUAGACUGGAUCAGAACAGAUUUUAUCUUGACCAAAGAAAACCAAGAUCAUUGCCACUGAUAUUUAAAGCUUUGAUAAAGAUAUAAUAUCAAACUGAUAUGUGCUGAAAAACAAGGAACCAUUACUGUAGCAUGGCCGUAUUUGAGUUAAGGUGAAUAGAAUUAGCAACAUUUUCCAAUUAAUCUUUUUGGCUAGACUAUGUUUUGAUUUUUGAUGACAGUCAUUACUCAGGAACCAAAAGUGACUGUAACAU